CGCUGCAGAAACCAUAACAACGACGCAAGUUGCGAAAACACGUGCUUCACCAGCGGCACCACCGCGAUUGCCGUGCCGCCGUAAACAAAAGUGUUCAUUAUUGGUGAUUGUAAAACGAAGUUUUGAAAGCUGUUAGUUUUGUGUGAACAAUGGAACUUGAAUCGUGAAGAAUACUAUUGUCUCUACACAUUAUUGGUUGAGUGCAGUGAGAGUGACUCUUAAAUCAGUCGCGAUUGAUUCCCCAAUCCCACAAACGGAUGAUUAAUUUAAUGCCGUUUUGAUAGAGCGAGUCAAGGCAUAUCUGGCAUACCUACAAUUUGCUAUCAUUAUCCGAUCAUCAGUUACACGAUCGCGUUGUACUGAGCUUCAAAAGGGGUAGUGUGGUUGGAUAUUAUUACUUUCGAUGGAAGAGUGCUUGCCGUGUGAUAUAUAAAUUCGGAAGACGAGUGUGAGUGAUUUGCUAAAAAAAUAAAUAAAUAUAAAGCUAUUUUCGAUAUAGUGACGAAAUAGCAUCAUAUGAAGUGAUAAAAAAAACGGAUAGUGAAAAGAUGGAAUCGGUGGUUGCAAUCCCUUGAUUAUGUCGAUUUUUACGGUGAUUUGUUGAUUAUUUUUCGGGGAGUAUGGAGAAGCAAAAACUCGCUGAAAUUGACGACGGACAACUUGGGCAUUGUGUUAGGCUAGCGGUAGCAUAGUGCAGCAGAAGAAGUGUGAAAUUGUUGUAAGCCUCUGGUCGGUAGCAAACAACAGGUGAUUUAUUGUUAUUGUUGCGGUAAUCCAUCGGCAUCUGGGCCGGAUUGUGUGUUGCUAACGGAUAUUGGUGGGUUUGAGGCAGUAGCAGCAGCAGCAGCAGCAGCAACAGCAACCACCACCAUGGGACUCUUCGGAUGGAUCAAAAAGGAUACAAACCAGCAUCGACGACGAGAGAGUGCACCACCUGCUGCAAGUAACAUAACCUCUUCCUCUUCCACCACCACCAACGGUGCCAGUGCGGCACGUGACGAAGCUUACGUUGAGGCGCUGAACAAAUUCAAUCAAUGGCGGGCUAAGCAGAGACUGGAACGGAUCAGUGAGGGUUGCCCGCUAAGAUCAGGUACCGAACAACGGAUCCCGAGCGUGAUCGUAGAAGAGAAGGAAUCCGACGGAGGAGCUCAGAGUGACUUCAGCUCAGACGUUGCAAUCAACAGUGACGAACGCCGUACCUUGAACCGAAAGUUAGAGCUACCAAAGAGUCCCAGAUAUAGCAGACACCGACAAGACGCAGCAGCUCCCAAGAAACCCAAGAGAUCGGUUGAAUUCUACAGGAAUAUCAAUAGAAUUCCUGAAAACGGAGAGCCCAGCCUGAACAAUGGAAAGAACAACAACAUGGCCGACAGAUAUUCUCUACCGGCUGUGAUGCCACCCACGACUCGCAAAAAUAAACCUAGGCUGUCCAAAUCCAACAACAACAACACGAUCUACGAAAAUGAGGUAGAAGAAUUCGAACAGAUGCAUGUACAGGACAACCUGGGCGAAACCUAUGCAGUGCAAAGUCCUCCAAGCCGAUUCUUUAAGGAAAAUUCCAGUCCCUACCUAAACACCAGCACCACACGCAAAACCAAUCCAACUAUCGUGGAUGCCACGCCAAAGAAACAGGUCAACCUACUUCAAAAACGGUGCCGUAGCUUCAAGGACAAACCGGCCCCUCAACCUCCGGUGCCCCUAUCGGAUCCCCCGAAUUCGCACAAGAAGCAACACAAUCGCACCCACGAAAGCGACACCGAAUCACCAUUUGCCGGAUCCUACCGCAAGUACGAAAUCAACUCAUCAUCCAUCUACGACGAACACGUCAUCUCCUCACGAGCCUACCGUGGCGAAAUGAAACCUCUGAAUUCAUCCGUCCAGAGCCCAGCCAUCAAGGAACGCCGCAAAUCUCCAUCCUAUCAAACCAUCGUCAACAAACAUGGUGACCUGGUCGACUACGCGCUUCCCUUCAGCGAUGCAAACGAUACCCACUCGGAGCUGAAUUCCACCAAGAACGGAGACCUCCUCAACGAUAUCCGAGCUUGCGAAGAAGUGAUCAACGAGAACUUCCGUUUUCUGAACAGUGACAUUCAACCUUCUUCCCUGCUAAUCGACGACUCCACCGGCAUGAUCACGGAACCGAUCAGCGUUCUCAAGGAGCGAGCCCCACAAAUCGUCACCGAUCUGGACAGGUCCAUCAUUAAGGAGGAACCGGAGCUCGGUUGCCAUUUGGACGAAGUUGACCUGGUAAUCCAUGAGCCGCAAGAUAUCCUUCUGGAACUGGAUUCACUGGAAAAGUGGAGCAAAAGCAUCCAGAUAUCGGACGAUUUUCUACAGAAACAGUUUGCCGAGAAGAACAUGCUGGAGUUCUUCCAGCAAGCGUCCAGCCAUCUGCUAAUCUGCUGGCCCAAGGAAGUCCACUACCGGGUGGGAACGCUACGCAGCAGUUUUACGGCACCGCUGGAAUUCUCAUGUGGAAUGUUCCGCAACGCACCGGUAGCUCUAAGAAAAUACUCACUCAACUUCGAUCGUAAUUUGUACUUUGCCGAGGAAGCUUGCAAGAAGGACUUCGAGAUCCUUAACCACAUAAAACACUACGCAAUCGCUUCGCUGAUGGCCAUCUGUUUCGACUCGGGCCUAAACCAAGCCACACUGGUGCUAGAACCAUUCGAUUUUACCCUCUUUGACUACAUUCAUAAAAUGAACAAGCGCCUUUCGCUACUGCACGCCAUCACGGUUGUCCAGCAGAUAUCAUCAGCCGUAUCCUUCCUGCAGGAGUGUGGAUACAUCCACUCAAACAUCUCCAGCGGAUGCAUCAUGAUGCGCAAGUACCCAUACACCGCCAAGCUAACUUCGUUCGAACUCACCACCGAAGCUUCCGACACGAUUCGAAAGGAAAUCGAGAAUCGCUACGGCAGCACUUCGUCCUCGCGCAACUCCAUGACAUCUUCGCAGAAUGAAGAGCUGAAGAAAAUCACCACCUACUCGCGGUUGAUCAAAAACGAUGAACAGUUUCUGCGGGAUAAGUAUCGGAAGCUGUCCAAAGAGAUUUCCGACAACAGGAAGGGACAGAUCGGUUCCAUAGGUGACAACAGCGCGUACGAUUGCCGAGCCAGCCGCUACUUGCCGUAUUGCAAAGAAUACCGGGAGAAGUUCUCCCUUUUCUACUACGUAGCACCGGAACUGCUCGUACCCAAGUCCAACUUUGUCUUCCCCACCAAAAGUACGGACGUUUAUUCGUUAACUCUACUGCUUUGGGAAAUUCUCAAUGGCUACGUGCCAUUUGUGGUGUACAGUCGACAGGAACUGGAAAAACUCCAAGUCUCGGCAAAUUUGCAGUUGCCGAUGUUCGAAAAGGAACGGUGCGAUCGCUUCCGGCACGUUUUCGAAACUGGCCUAGCUGAUCUCAGCGGUCGCCAAAUUAGCGUUACCGACAUUCUGGAUGCACUGGACUGUAUUCUACUGGAACAAGGCUUGGACAAAACUACACACAUGAAUGGCUUCUCCGAAGACUACGAAGACCAGAUGAACUCCUCGGAGAUCCGGAAGAAAAAUGAAUUGAACGAUAUACGCAAGCAGAACGUUCCGGAAAAAACCGACAAAAUUUACUUCCAAUCUAACAACGGAUGCGUCAACGUAGAGAACAACAAGAAAAUGAGCCGGGAAUCAACCCUGGUAGAUAUUGAUGAACCUGUUCCUGAGCGGACGAAGCAGCAGCCGAAGAAGCCGGCUCGGAAGAUCAACAAGGUGAAAAUGCAGAAGGACUCCUCAGGUGACCCCAAGUCAACCAAGAAAUCGCCCCUCAGUUCAGGCUUAUCCAAUUCGGCCAUCUACCAAACGAUUUUCGACUUCAACAACAAGUUCUUAUCGCCCCGGUCAUCGAAACAAGUCAUCUACGAGCGAACCAGUACGGUCAAAAAGCCCAAGAGUUCACUGCGGUUGAACAAGGUCGCAGCUAAGGAGCUGUUCGAACCGAUCAACAGUUUCGACAAAACAGACAGUACCCAAAAACGAAGCAGUGGAGACUCCAAGGAAAAUACAACACUACGAGUGCAAGCCCCGGAAGUGAUUGGACCUUUGGAAGUCUACACCAAAGAAAGUCCAGCAAAGUUGAACAUCAAUACCGGUAAGGAGAAAUUCCUUAAAGAAAUGUACGUGGAUAAAACUCCCGAAUGCGUCCGUACAAACGAAAUUCAACCGGUAGAGACAUCCAAGUCCUGUGACAGUUCUCCGGGAACCAAGCGCAAAAACUACUCUCGACUGUCCAACUCACUGCGUUUCACGAUCGGAGACUUCACGCUGCCGGAUACUCCUAUCGCUCGGAAGAACAAAAUACGUAAACACGCUUGGCUUUCCGAUCAGAAGUUGGUGCUUACCGACGAUAACACCUCCACACCAGUGACUCCACAGGGCAAACGAACAUGCGUAUUCUUCAACGAUCUUGGCUCCCGUAUCAGUCGGGACGGCCGUUCCGGUGGAGGGCUUCGCAGCAAUCCACUAAAUUUGAACAUUUCUUCAUCGAUGCAGGAGAUCAAACCGCAGAGAGUCAACAUCAGUGUAAACAUCAUCAAAAGUUCAGACCUGAGUGGGAAAUUGAAAGCUCACAGCCAAGAGUUCAACAAAACAGCCCCAGCGAUUGUGGACAUUGAUAUCGAUGAUGAAUCAGAGGUUCACGAAACGAGCAAGAAGGCCGAAUCAACCGAUAACAUAUUUGAGGGUUCCCGUUGGAAGAAGGAAAAGGAGAUUUGCGAACGAUCGCUACUUCAUUAUUCGGCGGACAACCUCGACGACGAAGAUGAAUCUGACACAUCAGAUAAGGUCAUAACAGCGCAUUUGACGUCAGUUCGUGAUGCGGUCCGUAAAAUUGAAACAACCUUCGAGCAUACUGGGUUUGACUACAGCCCGAAUAGAAAACAGGAAUCGGCUAAGAAACCCUCAGACGAUAAGCAAAUUUGCGACGAAUCGGUGGUUGUAGAGGAGAACCUCCUAGUGCCGACAAAGGUUCUCGAACUGGAGAGAACCAUCGAACAGCUGCCCCCGAUUGAAGAUCCCAACAAUACGGUUACUCGGCUGGAUGUAGUUCUUACAAACAACACUCUGAACAAGAAGGAGGAACUACUCCAACAACAUCCACAACAGCAAGCUCAACCGAGACUUCCACUGCCAGAUGCGUCCGUGUUCAACCCGAACUCCCAGCUGUUCAUGCGUCGCAAAGCGACCAGCAGCGGUAGCGUAAUCCAGCGAACUGUAUACCGAGAAAGCAUUGUUUCCAGCACAGACCUAUCUGGUUUAGAUGGCAUCAACUCCUCGCAAACGUCCAGCACCACUCCGCUACCUCCAGGCAGUGCUCGGAAGAAGAAGCUAACGACUCGCGUGACCGUAAACAUGCGAAAGAUCUCCCGCCGGGCGUCGGAUAUCGGAGGAAGUCCAGCUUCAUCGCGACCCAGUUCGCUGAAUUUGGAAGAGGAUCUACCUUCGUCCGGCUGUCUAACUCCGACUAACGCCGCCACUGCACCGAUUCGACAUUCCUGUGGAAAUGAGUUGUUGAAGGCAUUUGCUACGCUGAGGAUGGUACCCAGCAGUGAGGAUGUAGGUGGAUCCAGGUGUUCCAGCCGUAAUGACGAUCGGAGGAGUUUGUGUACCCCAGUGAAGGCACACUCGGGAGGUGCUGGUGGCACUGGUGCUAAUCGUAACGCCGUGGAACGAUUCAUUUGCUGCAACUGCGGAAGCUCGAUGGUACCCGCCGAUAGUCUGAAUGUGCCCUCCGGAAGUCGCAUCGGAAUGUCAGCCGCAUUUAGUGAGUUAAAUUUUCCUCGCGAAAGUUUAGCUUCAAUGUUCGAGGACAACUUGGGACUUAUCUCGCAGCAGCAGCAGCUACCCCGUGGAACUCUAACAACAAUUCCAAACGCCAAAUCCACCGAGGACCUGUACAUUGACGACGACUUCUAUCAGGGGCUGAACCUGGGUGCCAACAUGGAACUGGUGGAGUUUAUCGACGAUGGACACUAUUUGGACGAGUUUGGGUACGACAUCUACGCAACGGAGGAAAUUUACGACGAUUCGGAAGAAGUGUAUGAAGAGGGCCACGAUGGUAACGGCGGCGGUGAAGCGAAAGCUCUGCUAGCCCUGAUUGAUGCAGAUGAUACCGGGCCAGCACCGGCUGAGGAGCAGUUCCUGAACAAGUGUGCCGACAUGAACUCGAGCAAUGUCGAAGCUUUGGGAUCGGUGUUCUCUCCAACUCUGACUGCCGAGGAGACCAGGCAGGAUCAAGAAAAGCCAUCAGAUAGGGACAGCUGGGAUCAGUAAAGUAUGCGAUAUUUGACGACAUUGGCGAUAUAUUUUUUUAAAAAGAUUUUCAAAAUCGUAUUGACCGAAUGUAUGGUAUGGAAAUGAAUUAUUUAGGCAUUAGGAUGGAUAUUGUGAAUUUAUCUUGAAAUUGAGAUAGUAUUUAUAUCGAGCAGUAUUUAGACCAAGAAACAGAUGACGCAAUAUAGAACUAAUAGACAAGGUGAUACAUGUUUUUAAAAUGAAAACCUCUUCAAGUAAAACUCUAAGAUUAUCAGGAUAUGUUCUUAAUAAGAUACCAAAUAUUUAAAAGAAAAAAAUUGCAAUUGUA